AACACGUUCCUAAUUUUCUCCUCUUCCCCGAAGCAAUGCUCUCCCCUGGAUCUCCCGUUGAGGUAGAUCCAUGUCCGUUAUCUCGCCGAUAAAGAAAAACACCCCCUAAAAUUGUUUUAUUUUCUCGCGAUAAAAUGGACGAGACGUUCUUCGAUCUAAUGGAGUUCUUGAAGAAACCUACGAUUACCGAAACAUUCGUCGACAUUUUGCUAUGCGCAGUGCCGAUAUGGCUAGCUGUGAUGAUCGGGCUCGUGAUCGGCUGGGCUUGGCGUCCUAGGUGGACCAGCUUGGUUUUUCUUGGUCUCCGGUCUAAGUUCCGGUUCAUCUGGACCGCCCCUCCCGGGUUCGGAGCUCGCCGACUCUGGCUCGCCUUCACCGCCCUUUCCGCUUUGCCUGUUUGCCGCACGAUUUUCUCGAACUUUAUUAAAGGGAGAUCCAAGAAAUCAACUGCUUCGGCUUCUAAUUCUGCCGUUCCGCUGCCACGGCCAUCGUCGCCUGUGGCGAGGAUUUCGCAGGAAGGAGCUGCUGAUGCUGUAAGCCUCAGCAGUCAAGAUGAAGAAGGAGAGCAGGAUAUUGUCACAGAGAAUGACUUAGCGCACCUCUUACAUUUAUUUGAAGGGAAGGAUAGGGAGAUGGAAUGGCAAAGUAUGAUGGAAAGGACUACCCCAAAUUUGUCUUACCAAGCAUGGCGGCUUGAGCCUGAGAGUGGCCCUGCAGUCUUACGUAGUAGAACUGUCUUUGAGGAUGCAACUCCAGAGGUGGUUAGGGAUUUCUUCUGGGAUGAUGAGUUUCGACCGAAGUGGGAUCCUAUGCUUGCAUAUGUCAAAAUUUUGAAGGAGUGCCCUCGUACAGGGACAAUGGUUGUUCACUGGAUAAAAAAGUUCCCCUUUUUCUGCAGUGACCGAGAAUACAUAAUUGGUCGAAGAAUAUGGGACGCUGGAAAGACUUACUAUUGUGUGACAAAGGGGGUGCCAUACCCUGGUUUGCAGAAGCGCGACAAGCCAAGGCGUGUGGAGCUUUACUUCUCGAGUUGGGUUAUCAGGGCUGUGGAGUCCCGAAAAGGAGAUGGACAGCAUUCUGCGUGUGAGGUUACUCUUGUCCAUUAUGAAGACAUGGGGAUCCCAAAAGAUGUGGCAAGAUUAGGUCUUCGUCAUGGAAUGUGGGGAGCUUUAAAGAAAUUGCACUCUGGCCUGAGGGCAUACCAGAAUGCAAGGAAAACAGACACUUCCCUGUCUAGAAGCGCACAGAUGGCUAGAAUUACCACAAAAAUAUCUUCUGAUGAGAUCAUGGAUUCUCUUUGUCCCAUUUCGGGGGAAGAUGAAAAAGAUCAAACUGUGGUUAUUAGGAGGCAGAAUGAUAAUGGGCUAGAUUGGAAGUGGAUCGUUGUGGGUGGAACUGUGGCCCUAGUUUUUGGACUUCACUCGGGUGUAAUUGGGAAGGCAUUGUUACUUGGAGCAGGGCAGAGAAUUGCCCGACGGUGAGAGUUUCCAGUGAGGACAUUGUAUUCGUAUCUGGUUUUUGAGGAUUCCAUAACAAUUUAUUAACAUAAUGCAUCAAUUCUUAUUAAUUUAGAUAACUUAUGUACUGUUUUUAUUUACCGUGGUCAUACAUUAAAGUAGAUGUAUUUCUGUUUUUCCA